CAUCAGAGCGCUCCCAGCCAGGAAGAGGCGCGCACUGGGAAAGGUUCUUGACGCCGCUAGCGCGGCGCUUGGUCCCCAUGGCGCAUUGGCGCGGCUCUGCGUGCGCCGGCUUCCUGGCUCUGGCGGUGGGCUGCGUGUUCUUGCUGGAGCCGGAGCUGCCAGGCUCUGUGCUGCGCUCGCUCUGGAGCUCGCUGCGGCUGGGGCCCGCGCCCCUGCCUCCGGGACCGCUUUCCCCCGAGGGCCGGCUGGCAGCCGCCUGGGACGCUCUCAUCGUGCAGCCCGCCCGGCGCUGGCGCCGUGUGGCUGUGGGAGUCAAUGCCUGUGUGGAUGUGGUGCUCUCCGGCGUGAAGCUCUUGCAGGCACUUGGCCUGAGUCCUGGGGAUGGAAGGGAUCAUCCCGUUCUGCACUCAAGAAGAGAUCUGGAAGAAGCCUUCACCCACUUCAUGGGGAAGGGAGCAGCUGCUGAGCGCUUCUUCAGUGAUAAGGAAACAUUCCUUGACAUUGCCCACAUUGCAUCAGAGUUCCCGGGAGCCCAGCACUAUGUAGGAGGGAAUGCAGCUUUAAUUGGACAGAAAUUUGCUGCUGACUCGGAUUUAAAGGUUCUUCUUUGUGGUCCAGUUGGUCCAAAGCUACACGAACUUCUUGAUGAUAAUGUAUUUGUUCCACCAGAGUCACUGCAGGAAGUAGAUGAGUUCCACCUCAUUUUGGAGUAUCUGGCAGGGGAGGAGUGGGGCCCGUUUAAAGCUCCCCAUGCCAACCGGUUCAUCUUCUCUCACGACCUCUCCAACGGGGCCAUGAAUAUGCUGGAGGUGUUUAUGUCUAGCCUGGAGGAGUUCCAGCCUGACCUGGUGGUCCUCUCUGGAUUGCACAUGAUGGAGGGACAAAGCAAGGAGCUUCAGAGGAACAGACUCUUGGAGGUUGUGACCUCCAUUUCUGACAUCCCCACUGGUAUUCCAGUUCACCUAGAACUGGCCAGUAUGACCAACAGGGAGCUCAUGAGCAGCAUUGUGCAUCAGCAGGUCUUUCCUGCAGUGACUUCCCUUGGGCUGAAUGAACAGGAGCUGCUAUUUCUCAGCCAGUCAGCAUCUGGACCUCAUGCUUCCCUCUCUUCCUGGAACGGUGUUCCUGACAUAGGCAUGGUCAGUGACAUCCUCUUCUGGAUCUUGAAAGAGCAUGGCAGGAGUAAAAGCAGAACCUCGGACCUCACCAGGAUCCACUUCCACACACUGGUAUACCACAUCCUGGCAACUGUGGAUGGACACUGGGCCAACCAGCUCGCAGCUGUAGCUGCAGGAGCUCGUGUGGCUGGGACACAAGCCUGUGCCACUGAAACCAUAGAUGCCAACCGAGUGUCUCUGAGGGUACCCCAGGAGUUCAUGACUUCCCAUUCAGAGGCAGGCUCCAGAAUAGUAUUGAACCCAAACAAGCCAGUGGUGGAGUGGCACAGAGAAGGGGUAUCCUUCCAUUUCACACCAGUGUUGGUGUGUAAAGACCCUGUACGAACUGUGGGCCUUGGAGAUGCCAUUUCAGCUGAAGGACUCUUCUACUCAGAAGUAUACCCUGGUCAUUAGGAAGGUCGUGGGCAAUUCUUAUGAGGAAGGAGAACUGCCCAACUUAAGAAUUCCAGGAAAAACAUAACUUGGGAAAUAGGCUUAUGGGUAUCAGAACAAUUCCUAGAUCUAAUUGGAAGACAGCCAAAGAAAUAACAGCAGAUUAAACUGUACAGAUACAUUCCAGCCUGUUGGCAAUUAUAUAAAAAUAUUUCAAGUUUUAAUUGAAAUUUAGUCAUACUAAUGAGACUGGAUUUUUUAUUUUUAUGUUGUGUGUUACAGACGUUAAAAACCUCGAUUCCUAAGUCCCCAGUAUAUGUAACACCAUCAAGUAUUUUAAGACCUGGAGAGCUGGUCUGGCCACAGAAGGUGCUCUCUCCUUGCCCACUCCGGAGGGGCAGACCCACACUCGCAGGCCUGGACUCAUAAAGCCUCAUGAAGCUCACUGCACUGGGGCAGAAUCAGGAUGUCCAUUCAGUGUUAACAGUGACAGUAUUUGAGGACUGUACCUUCUCAGCCUGCUGCUCUCAGGUUUAGGUCAGAGCCACAAGUAAGGACAAGAGUCCUGUGCUUCAUGGUCUCAGGCUGAAGACACCUGGGGAGCUAUAAGCCAACCAGUCUGCACUUGCUUAGAAAGACCAAGCCUUUCUGCCCCAGCUCCUGAGAUUGUGAGCUGGCUGGUGAAAGGCUCCUGUGGCCUGGGCUCGGCGUCCUUGCCCAGUCCUGGAUGUGUUUUCUGCAGCAGAAGACAUACUUGUUUCUUCUGAGCCUUGAAGAAAUUUGCUUUUACAACUGGAAUGUGCUUUUGUGUUUAGAACAGAUCAUGUGCUUUGUGGGUUUUUUUUGACAUGUCCAUUAAAGAGUUUGACCUCAUAAAAGCCCAGCCUCAUAAAUAAAUUUGUCAUGUUGUAUUUUUUUAAACUAAAGAUGUCUGUGUGUUUUUAAAAACAUUCAAAACAAUUUACAUUUCA